AUGCGCACACUGUCGCGUCUGGCUAUUGGCCCGAAGUUUCAGAGUGGGCGUGGUCUUGUGGUAUCAAGCCGAAACACCGACGAGAGAUCUGCCUGCACGCGCUUCCUCCGCCGCAUAAAUUGGGCAGGCUCCAUGUUCAGUGCAGUCCUGCUGGUGCUCGGCUGCCUGCUGCAGAGGAACCUCGUGACCACAGAGGGGCAUCAUGGGACCAACCGCCAGGUCCUCUACGCAGUGCACAUGGACGGAGGCGCCGGAGCCGCCGGGGCUCUGGCCGAGCAGCACGGACUGGACUUCAUACAGCGGGUUGGCAGCCUGGAGGAUGUGUACACCCUCAGAGGCAGCAGGGGGCGCCCUGACAGAGCCACCUUUGAGAGCAGACUUUCCACCGCAAUAGGGGUCCAUCAGGUGCAGAGGCAGCACAGUCAUGAUAGAGACCAGCGGGUUCCUUUGACGGGUCCGGACCUCAGAACCACUCAGGGUUCCCAGAGGAGAGAGUCUGCAUCUGACAGGCAGAGGGACCAGUCCCUCACCUUCAAUGACCCGCUCUGGCCCAUGCAGUGGGAACUGUUUGCACAGGGCGAGUACAACUCCAGUGGCGUGGACCUGAAUGUGAUGCCGGUUUGGAUGAACAACGUCACCGGUGACGGGGUGGUGGUCAGCAUCAUUGAUGACGGUGUCGAUCACACAAACAAAGACCUGAAGAGAAACUUUGAAGCCCUCGCCAGCUUUGACCUGCACGCUUCACACGGCCUGUCACAUGAUCCAAUGCCAGAGAGAGACGGGGAGAGCAGUCACGGGACCCGAUGUGCAGGGGAAGUUGCCAUGGAGGCCAACAACUCCUACUGCGGUGUGGGCGUCGCCUUCAAUGCCCGGAUCGGAGGAAUCAUCCACAUCUACGUCUGCAGCUGGGGCCCACGGGACGACGGGGCCACGGUGGACGGGCCGCAGAGCCUGACGGCGCGCGCCCUCCGCCUCGGAGCUCACAAGGGCCGAGGUGGGAAAGGCAGCAUCUUCGUGUGGGCGGCGGGUAAUGGCGGAAUGCAACGGGACCACUGCGGCGCAGACGGUUACGUCAACUCCAUCUACAGCAUCGCCGUCGGCUCCUGCUCUUUGAGCUGUGAGCAGCCUGUUAAAGAGCAGCGACUGGUCACCGUCACCGCCGUGGACGACGGCUGCGUCGCACGCUUUCCAGGAACGUCCAGCGCCGCUCCGCUCGCCGCGGGGAUCCUGGCUCUCUGUCUUGAGGUGAAUCCCGAGUUGACGUGGAGGGAUGCUCAGCAUCUGAUCGCCAAGACGGCGAAGAUCCCCGACCCCGACGAGCCCAGCUGGACCAUCAACGCUGCAGGAUACCAUGUUCACCACAGGUAUGGUUUCGGGGUGUUGGAUGCAGGGCUGAUGGUGCAGCAGGCCGUUCACUUCGACACUGUUACUCCGCAGAGGAAGUGCAUACAAGGAGGCGCGCUCCAUCCCACCAGGAUCCUUUCCCCGGGAGGCGUGGCCAGUGUAAACAUCCAAUCAGAGGCCUGCCUGGGGAGCACUGAUGAGAUCAACACUCUGGAGCACGUUCAGGUGAGCGUGAGCAUCAGCAGCGUGUGUCGCGGUGACCUCUCCAUCAGCCUGCGGUCUCCAGCCGGCACCGUGUCGCUGCUGCUGGAGCCGCGGCCCAACGACGCCUCCUCCGCCGGCCUGAAGAACUGGACCCUGAUGACGGUGCACUGCUGGGGGGAGCAGCCUCGAGGCCUCUGGGCCCUCCAGGGACCCCUGCAGAGCAUUGUGUCCAUGGGGUCGCGUCACCCCGUCCCUCACAGGGGGGAGGACCAAAGGGGCCGGUACCCACCUCUGGACCUGAUUCAAUGGGUCUACCAAAUGGAGAGAGACGGGAAGGUGCGGGCCGCUGACAUCAGUGUCCCAGCCAGACACAAGUUACAUCAGAGAGACGUUUCACAGACGUCUUCCAUGGAGUCGAGACCUUCUGCCGUGAAGGAGCCUCGUGGGACCAAGACCACCAGAGAGAACAGAUCCUUACCAGCUCAGAGUCUCCAGGAGGGCGUCAGCAGUCGGACUCUUCAGAUCCAGGAGGAGGAGGAGGAACCGAGCAGAGGAAGAAACAAACAGAACCACGGUUAAAUAAAGAUUGUUGUUUUCCCCAGUGCAGCAAGUCAAUUGAUCGUGGGUCAGUCCCGUGUCCGGUGUGACCUCGGUUUCGGCACAAAUCAUGUAUUGGGGAUUCGUAGCGUGGCUGUAAAACUCAAACACACACACACACAAACAUGGACAUCUGAAGAAGCAUGGCUCUGCACUCAUCUACCCCCCUGUUCUGAUGUUGCAAAGGUUAGGGAAAGAUAUGUUUGUUUUUUUCCACUUCAAUGAAGGGUGAAUUCAGCUCAGUGCAAUAAGAAAUGGAUUACCCAUUCAUUAUAGGGCUGUGUCACUCCUCAUUGAGUUGGACAAAUAGCAAAUUAAUUUCCAGCCGCCUAAUUUCUCUCUGUUCUCCGCUGACUUUUCCGAUAACAUCAA